GAUAUCAUCCAGUGCUGUAAAGCCAUCCCCGAGGAAGUGAUUAUGCUGGUUGUUUACAAUAUCCUGGAUGUGGUGCAGAAGCUACAUAAAGCGGAGAUUGUCCAUGGAAACUUGUGUCCAGAGGCUCUCUUCCUGGGAGACAGGAUCUGUGAUCCAUUUGCUAAUAAUGAGAUUACCAGUGCUUUGAAGAUAGUGGACUUCUCUUACAGCCUGGAUGUGAGGUUGCAGCCUAAAGUGAGUUUACUCAACAGCUUCCCAAUAGCUCAGACCCAGUAUGGACAACAGAUCCUAGCCAAGUGCUCUCUUCCUUAUCAGGUAGACUUGGUUGGUAUUGCAGAAAUAGUGCAUUUGAUGCUGUUUGGGGAGCACCUCCAGGUUUAUCAAGAAGAUUCCCUCUGGAAAAUCAGCCAGAAUUUCUCCAAGACUGUUGACAGUGAUUUGUGGAGUAAAUUCUUUAGGAGGAUUCUGAAUGCAGAUGGUAAGUCCACAGUGCCCAUGCUGAGGGAACUAAGAGAGGAAAUGAGUGGCAUGUUUAACAGCUUUGUGCAAGAAUGGUUUUGUGGCGCCUUAGCGAAAUUGGGAGAAACUUUCAACGUGGAGAACUUCCUCUGAUCCCAUGUAGAAGGGCAACCAGCUGCCCCUUUUUAUCCAUCCCAAGGGGAAUUUGCUGUUAAUACUGAAUAUGCAAUAUAUCUUCAGUGCUAAACAUGGAAAUUGGUUGCAACUGUUUCUUCAAUACUUUAUAUAGAACUUGUUAAAUGUUUAUUAUGAGUUGAUGUCUCUUAAACCUGGUGCAUUAACUAGAUAUGUACAGAUGUUUUACCCAUUUUCUUUACCAAACUGUUCUACGCCAACCAGCCUCAUGUAUGACUGCUAAUGUAUGUUUUAAUACCUAAAGCACAUUCAUGAGUUCCUCCACCUUUGUCCUGUCUUUCUGUUCUGUCCUGUACACCUGCUGUUAAUCACUGUUUAAGUAAUAAACCUAUGUUUUUUGUAAGCAA